ACGCAAUGCUCGUUCUCUCCUCUGUUGCCGCCAUCGACAUUUCACCUCGCAGACCCGGAUAGAUACACCAUGUCUCGUCUCAUAGUCAAGAAUCUACCCGCGUACCUCACACAGCAGCAGCUUCGUGAGCAUUUCGAGUCCAAGGGCGGUCCUGGCGGCGCGCUUACCGAUGUCAAGGUCGUACUCAAGCCCGAUGGCACCUCCAGGCGAUUUGGAUUUGUCGGGUACAAGACUGAGGUGGAGGCUGAAAAAGCGACGAAGUGGUUUGACAGGACCUUCAUUCAUUCGUCGAGGAUAAACGUUUCAGUCAUUGAGGGCGCGAAAGAUGCGCCUGCGCCACGACCGAACAAACGCUCGCGUCUUGAGGGACCACCGUCAGAGGGGAAGCCCGUCAAGGACAAAGUUUCGAAGGAAAAGGCUAAGCCCUCCACUAAGGGCAGAGGGAGAGACAACAAGGACGAGCGGCUUGAGGAGUUCAUGCAAGUCAUGCAGCCCAGGAAAGGUCCCUCGUGGAAAGACGUCGAUACCGUCCCGUCUGCGGAUGCUCAAGGUGUCGCUUCAACUUCGAAGGUCAGAAUGCAAGGGCGAUCUGCAAAGGAAGACGAAGAGCCUUCAGAUGCAGACGUCUCCGGCGGCGAACCUGCGUCAGACGUUGACUGGCUAAAGCGUCACAUGAAGCCAUCGCUCACUCUUUCGGAGUCCGCAGACAUGGUGUUCGACCAGUCGGAUACAGAAAUGGAUCAACUAUCUGAAACGCCCGCGAAAAGUUCGCCAGAAGACGAGGCGAAGAGUACUAUUCUCCGCACUGGUCGCCUCUUCCUGAGGAACUUGGCCUUCACUUGCACCGAGGACGAAUUACUCGGGUUGUUCCAGCCAUUCGGUGAAGUCUCUCAGACGCACAUACCCCUCGACUCGAUCACGAAGACGUCGAAAGGUCUCGGCUACGUCACCUUCGCAGACCCCGAGAAAGCUGUCAUUGCGUACGAAACACUCGAUAAGAUGUCUUUUCAAGGUCGCUUGCUCCACGUGCUGCCGGCCAUUAAUAGGAAGGGCAAGGUGGCGGUAGAGGAGGUAGGGAAGAAAAGGACCUUAAAGGAUGAGCGUGAAGCAAAAAAGAAGGCAAUAGCGGGCAAGGAUUUUAACUGGGGAAUGCUAUACAUGAAUAGUGACGCCGUAGUAUCAUCCGUCGCCGACCGUAUGAACAUUUCGAAGUCGGACAUCCUUAAUCCCGAGUCCGACAACGCCGCCGUCAAGCUUGCGCUUGCGGAGACACAUGUCAUCCAAGAAACCAAGUCCUUCCUUGAGACAAACGGUGUUGUCCUCUCUUCGCUGUCCGGACCACGCGUCGCACGCAGCGACACGACGAUCCUCGUCAAGAACAUCCCGUAUGGCACCUCUGCAGACCAGAUUCGUGAACUCUUCGAGGCUCACGGGAAGCUGCGGCGUGUUCUAGUGCCGCCGGCAGGGACGAUGGCUGUCGUGGAAUUCGUGCAUUCAGAUGAAGCCAGGAAGGCGUUCAAAACUGUUGCAUACCGGCGCAUGGGCAACUCGAUCACCUAUCUUGAGAAGGGGCCUGUGGGCAUGUUCGUCGAUUCUGUCCCUGUGGCGAAUGGCUCCGUCACCAUUGCGAGUGCUGCACCGGUGAAGAUUGCGGACACCGACGCACCAUCCCCCAACGAUCCACCUCCGAACGCUGGCUCGACGCUGUUCGUGAAGAAUCUCGCUUUUUCGACAGCAAGCGAGCGAUUCGUCGCGGCGUUCCGGCACCUCCCCGACUUUGCGUUCGCGCGGGUGCAAACGAAGCCGGACCCGAAGAAGCCCGGCGACGCACACGCACGGUUGAGCAUGGGCUAUGGUUUCGUGGGCUUCAAGACGGCAGAGGGCGCGAGGAAGGGUCUGAAAGCAAUGCAGGGGUACGUGCUCGAUGGGCACGCGCUUGUCGUCAAGUUUGCGGGGCGCGGGGCGGAGGAGGAGAAGGAGGACGCAGGCAAGGUCAAGAGUCGGACGACGAAGAUGAUCGUAAAGAAUGUGCCGUUCGAGGCGACGAAGAAGGAUAUCCGCGACCUAUUCGGCGCGCAUGGGCAGCUCAAGAGCGUCCGCCUCCCGAAGAAGUUCGAUCACCGCUCGCGCGGAUUCGCGUUCCUCGAAUUCAUCACCCGCCACGAGGCAGAGAACGCGUACGCGGCCCUCAGGCACACUCACUUGCUCGGGCGGCACCUUGUUCUCGAGUGGGCCGAGGAGGAUUCGAGCGUUGACAUCGAGGAACUACGCAAAAAGGCUGGGGUUGGCUUUGGCGGCGGCAAGGAGUUGCCCGGGAAGAAGAGGAAGCUGGAGAUGGUUGAUGAAAGGGGACUGGUAGACGAUGAUAUGUGAUUUUGAGUUUACUAGUUUUGCUGGCUUUGCUUCACGCCUUCGCCAGCGCACGUCUGGCCGAUAUUGUCGAGUUUAAGCCCAACCUUCUGGACCUGUUCAUGUUCUUUAUGCACUAGCCCACAGCUGCUGUGCGUGCAAAUGUUGAGACGGUAAACGUAUUCGUCGAAUC